CCUAUGUAUCAGUUCCACCAAAAUCCUGUGCUAGCAUGUUUACAUACGCAGUUUCUUCAACAGUUACACGCUGGUGGGUUCGUGUGCUGCGAUAAUCAAAGAAGCAGGAGAUGAUUACGGAAAAUGGAGGAGUCAUGUGUGCAGACACGAGCGUCCUUACAUGUGUAAACGACCACUGAACGCCAUCUGCCCUCCUGGAUGGGACGGCUUCAAUGGCAGCUGCUACUGGACGGUCAGCAACACCGGCCUGCUAACCACGUGGCACGAAGCUCAGGAUAAGUGCUCCAGCAUGGGAGCCGAGCUGCUGAGAAUAAACAGUCAGGAAGAGCAGUACUUCGUCAACGGAAAACUCCCAGACUUCCAUCAGGUAGACAUUCCGGACAUGUGGAUUGGAUUAUCAGAUAAGUAUGAGGAUGGAAAAUUUACCUGGGUGGACAGGAGCCCGAUUACCUUUUCCAACUUUGGUCCUGGAUGGCCCAGAAACACAGCAGGACUUUGGGACUGUGGACAGAUAUUCACAGGAAAUUAUGCCGGCAAAUGGGAAACAACAAACUGCUUCAAACUCCUGGGAUAUAUCUGUGAGAUGACCGGCGGACAGAACGUGAGGCCGACUCCGCCUCCCGAUUCCCACUGUAAUCCUGGAUAUUUGCUGUUUGGAAACUUUUGCUAUCAUUUUGAGACCGAGACGGUGAAAAAUUGGGACGACGCUGAAAAUCAGUGCAGACAACAGCAGGGUCACCUAGUCAGCAUCCACUCGCAGGAGGAGCUCAGCUUCCUGACCGCUCACAUGCCAGCAGAAGCCUGGGUGGGUUUAAACGACAAAGAAAAUGAAAACCAAUUUGUUUACAGCGAUGGAACUGCUUUUGAUUUUCAGCCGUGGGCGCCGAAUCAGCCAGACAACUGGCAGGGUAACGAGCACUGUGUGAGCCUCAGAGGGAUGAACCAUGUUGAACCAGGACUUCUCAAUGAUGACUUCUGCACCUCCACCAAAGAAUUCAUCUGCAAAAAACGUCUGACACAAUCAAAUAACACUAUCCUUACUGUAUUUUCCGGACUAAAAUUUGCACCAGUGUAUUAGUCUCAUUUGUCCAAAAAUACUUCAUAAAGAGAACAAAAAACACAAGUUGCUCCGGCCU